AUGGUGGCCUCCUCUGCGGCUAUGCUGCGAGCUUCUGGACUCCGCCGAUGGGGUCAGCUGCCAGGCUCUCCAAAGCUAUGGUCUGGUGGCCGGGUCUCGUGGACACCUGCCCGGAGGACAGCGACCUGGCGCCUGGAGCCCGCGGGCCGCGGCUGCUGGGACGAACCCGUGCACAUCGCGGUGUGCGGCCUCGCUCCGGGACAGCCCGUCACGCUGAGCGCGUCCCUGCGCGACGAGAAGGGCGCUCUCUUCCGGGCCCGCGCGCGGUACCAAGCGGACGCCGGCGGCCUCCUGGACCUGGCGCGCGCGCCAGCGCUGGGCGGCAGCUUCACGGGGCUCGAGCCCAUGGGGCUGCUCUGGGCCCUGGAGCCCGAGAAGCCCUUGGUGCGGCUGGUGAAGCGGGACGUGCAGACGCCCUUCGCGGUGGAGCUGGAGGUGCUCGAGGGCCACGAGCCCGACGCCGGGCGGCUCCUGGGCCGAGCGGUGCUGGAGCGCGACUUCCUGCGGCCGGGGAUGCGGCGGGUGCCGGUGCGCGCGGGCCGGGUGCGCGGCACGCUCUUCCUGCCGCCCGAACCUGGGCCCUUCCCUGGGAUUGUGGACAUUUUUGGAGCUGGAGGUGGCCUUCUGGAAUAUCGAGCUUGUCUGCUGGCUGGCAAGGGUUUUGCUGUGAUGGCUCUGGCUUAUUAUAACUAUGAAGACCUCCCCCGGGGCAUUGAGACCCUCCACCUGGAGUACUUUGAAGAAGCUGUGAACUACCUGCUGGAUCAUCCUGAGGUAAAGGGUCCAGGAGUUGGGCUGCUUGGGAGUUCCAAAGGAGGUGAUCUCUGCCUCUCCAUGGCCUCGUUCCUGAAAGGCAUCACCGCCGCCGUCAUAAUCAAUGGCUCUGUGGCCAAUGUGGGGGGAACCUUACACUACAAGGAUGAAACUUUGCCUCCUGUGGGCUUCGACCAAAGUCGCAUCAAGCUGACCAGAGACGGCUUGGCAGACAUUCUGGAUGUGCUGAACAGCCCUUUGGAGGGACAUGACCAGAAGAGUUUCAUUCCUGUGGAAAGGGCUGAGAAUGCCUUCCUGUUCCUAGUAGGUCUGGAUGACCACAACUGGAAGAGUGAAUUCUAUGCUAAUGAGGCCUCUAAGCGCUUACAGGCCCAUGGUAAGGAAAAGCCGCAGAUCAUCUGUUAUCCUGGGGCAGGGCACUAUAUUGAGCCUCCUUACUUCCCCUUGUGCCAGGCUUCCCUACACACCUUGGUGGGUGGUCCUGUCAUCUGGGGAGGGGAGACCAGGGCUCAUGCCAUGGCCCAGGUGGAUGCUUGGAAGCAGCUCCAGACCUUCUUCCACAAACACUUGGGUGGGGGAAAGUCAGACAGACUCUCUUGAAGACAUAACCCAGUAUUUGAAGGUUGUGAGGGUGAGACUUUUAUAUGCUAAAAAGUAUCAGUUAAAGUCAAUUCUAUCUGAGGUAUUAUGCUAACACUUUUGGGUUUUUAUUCCUUUCUCUUUAAAUAACAUUACUGUUAAAAAUAGUCUCUGUGGGGAAUAAGUUUAGGAAUUCCCUGAGCUUGCACCAAUGGGUUAACAAGGUUUAGGAUGAAAGUAUCCAAAGUAAACAGGGCGAAAGCACCUCCAGCAUAGUACAAAAGCAUAAGAAUGGGAAGCCACAGAAUGAAAGCAUCCAAGAUUAGGUCAACAGGGAAAAGCGCUCCCAGCAUAGUACAAAAGCAGAAAGCUGCUUUCACAGGAAGGAAUGUCCAGAAUAGGUCAACAGGGCUAUAGACAGCAGCAGGGUGAAGCUGCCCAGAGUGGAGCUAAUUAGCCAAAGAAAGGUGCCUUGUUGACCCUGAGGUAGCCUGCUGUAUCUGUCUUCUCCCUUAGGCAAGUUAAGAUAAACAGACACAGAGCCUCAUGCCUGUGUAAACAACCAUCUGCUCAGCGGAAAAGGUUUUGUUUUGUAUUGACCCAAACCCUUAACACUACAUAUCUUUGAAACCCCCUUUCUCUCACACACAUGAGUUAAUGUUCAUGGUUUCAUGGUCUCUUUCUGCAUGUUCAUCACUUUUGUAAGCGUUCUGAUCCUAAUAAAAACAGAGCAAAGAUCCUUA